CUGCAGCUAUUCUCGCUGGACUACAAGUCCCAGAAUGCAGUGCGUCGCACGCAGGCCUGUGUCGCCCGAGCAUGCGCUCUUAGAGAUCUCGGGCGCAGGUGGGAUUCACUUCCGGCAGCUGGCAGCUGAGCCAUGGCUGCCCUCCUCCGCGCUGUGCCGCGGUUGCCAGGGCCAACUGUGUGGGGAAGGCCACUCUAUGGGCUGCGGUGCCGCAAUGGGCAGGAUCCUAGGAAGUGGGUGGGGAGCAGGCUGGCCACCUCGAAGGAGAAGCCACCAGGCACAGAGACAGAGAAGUUCCAGAUGGUCUACCGUUUUGAUGGCAUCAGAGCCUUCGGGUACUUGUCUCAGCUGAAGGUGGCACAGACGGCCCUGACGGUGGUGGCCCUGCCGCCUGGCUUCUACUGGUACUCCCAGGGCCUCAUGACUCUCAACUCCCUGUGCCUCGUGGGCGGGAUAGCUGGCUUCGCCCUGACCAUGCUGUGCUGGAUGAGCUAUUUCUUCCGGAGGCUGGUGGGUAUCCUGUACGUGAACGAGUCAGGCACGAUGCUGCGGGUGGCCCACCUGACCUUCUGGGGCUGGCGGCAGGACACGUACUGCCCGGUGGCCGACGUGAUCCCCCUGGCAGAGACCCAGGACCGGCCCCAGGAGCUGUUCAUGCGGAUCCAGCAGUACAGUGGGAAGCAAACCUUCUACAUCAGCCUGCGCUAUGGACGCAUCCUGGACCGAGAGCGGUUCACGCAGGUGUUUGGGGCGCUGGACACGCGCAAGUGAACGUCUGGGCGCUGGGCCCCUGGGAACUUGUGUUUGGGGAUGAGGAAGUUCACAAGGCGGAUGCCAGUAACCCAGUUUAGGAAAGAGGCCCGUAGUGCAAAUUCUAACUGCGCUGUGUAUGGCAUUCUGUUAGGUACUGGCCAGAAGUUUCUGCUAAGAGCCAGUUCCUGGAGGAAGCUCUGCCCGCUUCACUCAAUACAGUGCAGUAAAGUGGGAAGAGGGGUGACCAGGGAAGCACAGGCCUUGGGUUCUGUGACUUCAGAAGACUUGGGUUCUGUCUGUUCUUAACUCCCUGUCCUGGGGCAGGGAAGUGAGUCUCUGAACCUUGGUUUUGCAUUUUUUAAAUGGAAACUCCUGCCUGUCUCAUGAGAGGGGUGUGAGAAUAAACAAUAAACGUCAAGUGCUUUGCAAACUCAACGGGCGGGAGCAAAUAUUAAGCGUUAGUUAAUGCGGAGGUGAUGUGCAGUGGACCCAGCAGCAGACGGGACUCGAAAUGAAGCCCAGCGCUGGGUCAUUGCAUUCUGCCAGGAUGGUAGCUGCACAACAACUGGGGCAGCAGUAUCACCCAAGAGAGCACAGCUCCCCUGCCCGGACUGUGAUCGCUGCAGAGGUCUAGGUUCUCCCAUCGGAUGCCUCUGUGGACUUUGUGUUCGUGGGCCAAUUUUUUCCUGAAGAAUAGGUUCUCAAACCCUGGCUCCACGUGCAGAAUCACCUGGAGAGCUGUUGAAAAAUAUUGUUGCCCAGGCCAGUGACCAGGUCCCCCAGGUGAUUUUCAUGUGUAGCCUGGGUUGACAACGCUGCCCUGAAGUCUCACCACACUGAGAGGUGAGAGCUGGAUUCUCACCAGCCUUGGCAUGAAAGCCUUCACUUUGAUGCACACUCUGCUUACACAGUACCAGCAGAGGGCACACAGAGCAAAUGCAUUGUCCAUCCCAUUAUUCCCGAGCUAAAGUCAUAGAUCUCCACGUGACAAUGGCAGUCGGGCUAGGGCUCCUGCAACGCGUGUAGGGCAGCACCUGGGAGCUAUUCAAAAAACCCCCAAAUCAACAUCAGCACAGACAACAAAACUCGCCUGUGUUCAGCCCCUGUAGAUUCUGGUAAAAGCUUCCUAGGUCAUUCCAAGGCACCCCAAGUUUUGAGGAUCCUUGUGUGGGGUAUACCCUACCCCAAAGCCAUGCAGCAGCUUCUCAGCAAAAUGGAAGUGGUCUUUAGAUUCAGGCGGUGGGUAUAUUUGCAGUUUCUGCCUUUGACAACAAUUCCAAAAUAGUGGCCUAAUAGAAAUACCCAAGCAUACAUAGAAAGGAUGUUCACUGAAUGUUUCUAAUGGCAAAACAAAACAAUAGCACCACGGAACUGGAAGUAAACUGUCUAUCGGUGGCCACGUGGUUAAGUAAAAAUGGUGGCUCCAAUACUAGGGGAUAUUUCACAGCCCUUGGAAAGAGUGAGGUUGAACCAUCUGCCGACGUGGACAGGUGAUCAUGGGGUAACGUUACAUGGAAUAAACAAGUCACAGAACAAUCUAGUUUUGUGUGAUCUUGCGUUUUGAAAAAAAAAAUGCAUACAUUGCAAACUGUUAACAGUGGUUACCUCUGGGGAGAGAAUUGGGGGUGGAUGAGAUGAAGGGAAAGCUUCGACUUUUAACUUUAUAACCUAGUUUGUUUACAAUUUUCAUAAUGGGCUUGGCAUCUGCCAUAACAAAUGAAGAAAAACGCUGUAAUAAACAGUUUCUCUCUCCAUUCUUUCCUCCUCAUGUCAGCUUUCUAGGUAAAGAGAAAAGUUUCUCAAUCAUGAAUUCCCACUCUGGACUUGGAAGCUAAGUUGACAAUAGGAAACAAGUCACUGAAAGCAUCAGUGAUGUGGCCUAGUUUGUCCCUUGUAGGCUGUCCCUUCCUGUCUGCUGAGAACCUUUUGGACUCGGCACCUCUCCAUACUGUUUAUAAUUUAGAUGCAGAGCUUGGGGUGGUCUGUAGCAUGUCAGUUUUCAUACGGUAGUUGCUGUGGACUGAAUGUUUGUGUCCGCCCUAAAAUUCAUGUUGAAACUAUCACCCCCAAUGUGAUGGUGUUUGGAGGAGGGUGGGGCCUUUGGGAGAUGAUUAGGGUUAGAUGACGUCAUGAGGGUGAGGCCCUCAGGAAGGGAUUAAUGUCCUUCUAAAAAGAAGACAAGGAAAGCCACGGUAGGACAUAACCAGGAAGAGGCCGUCGCCAGGAACCCAACCAUGGACUUCAGGUCAGGCCUCCAGAACUGUGAGAAGUGAAUGCAGUUCAGGCUGCCCAGUCUAUGGUAUCUUGUGACAGCAGCCCGAGCUGACUUGAGUCCUCCAGACCAGGCUCUAACUGGGGACGUUCAUGGUGUGCAUGGCCGACAGCCACUGUCCUUGCUACAGCCGUUACCAAAAAUGAGACUUCCCUAGCUCUUGGGCCAGGUAGCCCACCCCGGCCCAUUGCUGAAUUACGACACUUAAUACACUCCCCAGAACGGAUCUGAAAGGUUUAGCUGCUCGUGGGACCAACCUGGGGUGAAUUACCCAAAUAACUAGGGUUGGUGCUUUCCUUUGGCUGCUUUCUGACUUCAGGACUUGAGUCCCCAAAUGGAAAGCAACGGGGUCCCUUUGAACCCCAGGCAGAGUCCAACUUUUAUGGCCUUGUUUUGAUCCUGCAGCAUUCAACUGUAAAAUCUUGCCUGAUGAGAGUUAAUCGGGCAGGGCCGAUACCAUCUGCCUCCCCACGGAGGAGGAAGGGCAGAAAAUAAGAAACUGUUUUUUACAGAGUAUUUGACCUUGAGGUUCUGGCACCUUCCACCCACCCGCCUUAGGACUGUUGUGUUUCGGAUCUCACACUGAUGCUGACCAGUUCAAGUCCACGUUCCGGUGGCCAGGCUGGCUGGGAGAAAGGCCCUUGAGUGUUGACAGUCCCUCUCCUCAACCAAGCCCACCCUGACUGUGCGCACACACACACACACACACACACACACACACACACACACACUUGUGUACACGCUAGUACAUCAUCUUUCCUCUGUGUGUAUUCUGGCUUCUGAGCUGCGUGAUUUGGGGCAGGUUCCUCUAACCUCGCGGAGCUUCAGUUUCCUCAUCUUAAAAAUAGGCAUACAAAUACACAGUUCAUAGGUUUGUUGUGAGAAUUAUAAAGCACCAGUAGAAUAUGCUUGCACAUUACAGAUGCUCAACAAAUGAUAAUUACCACUCUGAUUAUUUACAAAAUACAUUUAAUGGUAGCUAAUGCCUUCCAAGUCCGUUGUUUCAUAGACAUGUUGGGAUGUCCGAGCUGGAAGGAACCUCGAAAUCCUGUGAUCCAAACCAUAUGUUUUCCAGGUGAGAAAAAUAUGGGUGGAUCGAGGCCCGCUGAGACAGCUGGGAGCAGAAGUGAGACAGGAGCCCAUGAUCCCCACUCCUGGGCCAGGACACCAGGAGGGUGAGAGGCCAGCUAACUGCCACAGGUGCUUACCAAGCACCUCUCCUGUGCCUCCCCAUUGAGGUGGGCAUCAACUUACCACCUCAGUUGACUGAGAGAGUCUGAUUUAAUUGGUCGGGGGGGAGGCCCAAGCUUUGGGAUUGUUUAAAAAGCUCUUUAGGGUGACUAAAGUGCACCCAAUGUGGAAAGUCACUGUCCUGAAUGUUGUAGAUUCUGAGCUUUUUUCCCCUUCUCCAUUCAUCCCAUUAUCGUUGUCCUAGUCAGGCCACAAGGUCAUCUUGAUUGUGAUAGAGUCCCAACCGGUCUCCCCGCCUCGCUGUUUGUCACAGUGAGCAUGUACUCGGGACAACCUUUCUUUCUUUUCCCUCCCUCCCUUCCAAGAUUUUAUUGGGGAAUUGGGGAAGGGGAACAGCCAAG